UCAUCUCACAGAGGACCAUAACCUGCCAAAACCCGUAUCCGAUUUGGGACUGGGGCUCUCUCCUCUCAUCCAUGGCGUCCCUGUCAUUGUAAUUAUCAAAUAUCCAAAGAAAGCUUAAACAAAAACUAAGCUCAUGGCGGCAAAUCUUCUCUCAAACCCUAUACUUUCACCUUCUUUCCUUGGUCAUCAACUUUCAGCUCAAGGUAAGUCGAAGAGAAUAACGCCGUGCAGCUUCAAUUUUCGGGGUCCUAAAUGUGCUGUGGAUACUCCAUAUGAAGGUAAUAUUUCAAAAUUUCCUCGGGUUAAUGUCUGGGAUCCUUAUAAGCGGCUGGGUAUAACUACUGAUGCCUCCGAGGAAGAAGUUUGGAGUGCUCGGAAUUUUUUGUUGAGCCAGUAUGCUGGUCAUGAGAGAAGUGCUGAAUCAAUAGAAGCUGCUUUUGAGAAACUGCUGAUGAGCAGCUUCAGGAAUAGGAAGAAAACAAAGAUCAACUUAAAGACGAGGCUAAAAAAGAAAGUCGAGGAGUCUCCGCCUUGGGUUAAGAACUUGCUUAGUUUUGUGGAAGUACCCCCACCUGUAAUCAUUUUAAGAAGAUUGUUCCUAUUUGCAUUUAUGGCGUGCUGGAGUGUGAUGAAUUCUGCUGAAGCUGGGCCUGCUUUCCAGGUGGCGUUGUCUUUGGCAGCUUGCAUAUACUUCCUCAAUGACAAGACCAAGAGCUUGCCUAGAGCUGCUAUUAUUGGAUUCGGGGCUCUUGUUGUCGGCUGGAUAUGCGGUUCUUUCUUGGUUCCAUUGAUCCCAUCGUUUCUGUUGCAACCCACUUGGAAUCUUGAACUUCUAACGUCACUGGUAGCGUAUGCUUUCAUGUUUUUGGGAUGUACUUUUCUCAAAUGAAACUUCACUGCCUGUCUUUUGACCAUGCCAUCCUUGUGGAACAUGUAACUGCAACUGUUUUACAAGUUCCAUUGUACUUCAAUCAUGGUUUUUGUUAAUCGUGAUAUAGAUUUUGAGAAUAGAGUUAUCGUGCAUUCUUCACGAGUUUCUUUCUUUAAUGGUCAUUAUCCUUAUAAGCUCUUGUACCA